CCAUAAUGACAGUGAUUCAAGACAAUAGAAGAUACAGCCGAUUUAGAUCCAUGUUAGAGAAAACUAUCCUGGGACUGGUCUUGGAGCAGGAUGGUGGACCGUACACAAUCUUUGUUCCAAACAACAAUGCUUUGGAUAACAUGAAAGAUGGAGCACUGGACUACCUGCUUUCUACAGAGGGUGCAUGGAAACGUCUGGAGCUCAUUCGAUACCACAUUGUUUCUUAUGCUCAGUUGGAGGUUGCCAGCCUCAUCUCCAUAGAACACGUCAGGACCAUGGCUAGACAGUUCAUCUAUUUUAACACGACCAGCAAU